AUGCCCUCAGUCACACGUAGGCGCGACCACUCGCGCAUGUCCUGCCCCGGCACCCUUCAUCCCCCCGUCUCCCCUAAUCCUUCUUCCCCUCCUCCUUGUCCCCCCGUCGCUAAACAGAGUAUCAUCCCCACAAUCAUCCCGUAUCCCAUGGCUCACUCAACUGCAGGCGCGGCCGCUCGCCCAUGUCCUGUGCCAGCUUGCGCAGCAGCAUGCGGCCUGCUAGAGGGGGAGAGGGGAGAGGGGGAGGGCGGAACGACUUAUAACCAGCUUGCGCUGCACGAUGCGAUCGAUCUGCUAUUGCUGGCACACAGCCCUCACACACCUCGUUGGGGAGGAGGGGGGGAUUUGGAGAAGCGGGGCUGGGAGAAAGGGGGAAGAACGACUUCAAGUUAUGACCAGCUUACACAGCACCAUGCGGUCUGCUGGCAUGUGGUCCUCAUACACGGCAUGUGGCUGGGUGAGGAGACGGGCGGAAAGAGCACGGGGGAGAGGGAACAGAGGCACCAUACGUCCUCUCCCAACACUCUCCCUGCCCCCACAUCUCCCCUUCCCCACAGCCACGUCCCCCCGCCUCGCCCGCACCUCGAGGAAGGCGUCUGCAAUCUUGCAGCGGGACCACCCGCUCUCACUCUCCAUGCCCAUCUUUCACCGCCGCUCCGCCUCGUGCGGCCUCCUAGAUCAUCAUGCCAUCAGCACCAGCCAUAUCUGCAAGCACCUUUACUCGCAACAGGCGCACGGAGAUUGCCCUCUCCCUGGCCCCACAUCUCCCUUUCCCCACGCCCACGUCUUCCUGUCCCUCAACCGCACCUGGAGGAAGGCAUCGGCGGUCUCUUCGCGGGAGAACCCGCUCUCAUUCUCUAUUCCCAUCUGCCACUGCCGCUCCGCCUCGCGCGGGUUUGA